AUUGUAUUUCCAACUCUUGUGGGUGUUUUGCAUUGUUUUCACUUCCCCAUAACCCAAAUCCUCACCCUCCAAUCACAGCAUUUUCAUUUUAGAUUUAAGUUUAAACCGAGAUCACAUUUUUAAUUCUAAUAUUGCAUCUUGUGUAGUAUCCUUGUUUUGUUAAGCUGAAACAAAGUGUGUGAUUUGAGGAGGUGGAUGUUCCCUGUGAGUUAGUUGCUCUACCCGGAUCACAUUUCACAUCUACAUGAAGCAGAUGUUGCGCCUUUUUGGAGCUGGUUUCCGCGCUGUCAUUGUUUCCGUUUCCACCUCAGAGACGAACCAGAUCGCGCCUCCUCCUCGGUUUUUGGGGGGGUCUUUUUUCCGCUUUAUGGUGUCUGGCUUUGCGCGCGAUCCGCUGGUUUUAGCGCGUCGGGGGCUCGAGGGGAAGUGGAUCUUUCAACAAUGGGGGACAUCGAGGAUCCGGACUCGAGCGGGGCGCGCCAGUCCGCCCUGCUCUCGGUUCUGCCCAGUAAAGAGUUCGCCACCUCCAGGAAAGGAAUGCUGCUCAUCGCUGAAGUGGGUCUUUCCUUCAUUUCGUUUUUGUGUUUUGCGGCUUCGGCAGCGGCGGCGUUUGUGACCGUCCCCCUGCUGGAGUUCCUGGGGGCCAUCUUCUUGUUGUUUGCUUACUCUACAAAAUUCAACGAGAGGUUUAAAGGCUUCUGCUGGCCACUUAUGGAUUUUGUGAGAUGUGUAACGGCCUCCAUAAUCUAUUUCAUCAUCUCCAUAAUGGCGGUGUCCAAAUACGAUGACGGCUCCUCUAAAGCUGCAGGGGUCUUUGGGUUUAUUGCCACUAUUGUUUUUGCUUUAGAUUUUUAUCUUAUUUUUAACGAGCUGGCCAGUUUCCUGAAACAAGGAGGAGAAUCCACUGAGGAACCGUCAGCACAUCAAGACAACUUCUCCGACUCCGACUCCGACUGAAACCUCUGAGAGCUUCACCAGGAGACGUGUUUCAUUGAAACCCGAGUGGAGUGAUGACUGCAGGGCUGCCAUCUGUCAAGACCUGCUGGUGUUUCAUUAUUUCAUAACUCCACGUUAAUGAGAGUAUGUCUACAUUUAGGGGGGCAUCAGUUGCUGUCAGUCAGUUCCAUGAUGUAGAUGUGGACCCUUCAAAUUUGAAAAACCUUUUUUGUUGUUGUAAACAUGACAAAACAUACAUUUACAAAAAAAUUACCUUGACUGACACUUUUUUUCUAGUUAUUAUCAUACUUUUGCAUCAUAUUUGUGUUCUGGUUAAAGCCAUUUUUAUUUGACAAAUGUUGUAAUAUUUUUGUCAUGCUGUGAAGUACUGUUUCUUAAAUCACGUCUAGAAUCUUAAAAAAAAUGUUUUUAAGGUAAAUCAAAGGAUUACACUAUUUUUUUUUCUAACUUCUUACUGAAUUAAGAACCAACAAUUUAAAAAAAAUGGGUCAAUUAUUGAAAUUUGAAAUGUAAAAAACAGAUUUUUACUAAGAACAAGAUGUUUGGUGUGUUUAAGGACAUAUCGGUUGGCUGGUCACAACCUCUCUAAUACAGUUGCUAAACAGUUGUUUAUAAUGUGCCAUAAACCAUUUAUGAACUUUGAAAGUUUUUAUGGAAAAAUUUAAAUCAUUCUUUAAAACUUUUUUUUAAGAAAUGUUCAUUUUAUUAAAAAAACACCAACAAUGUGAUAAAAAGGUAGAACACAUAAGUUAUGCCAGAUCCUGUUUUGUGAUCUCAUUUCUGGGUCAAAAAACAUUCAAACAAAUCUUUUUUUCAAUGGUAGUGUUCCAUAUUUCUAUUUCAAAUUCAUUAUUACUGGUGAAAACAUAUUUUAUUGGUUUGAUGCCUUUUUUAAAAAAAAAAACAAAUGAUGCACUACAGAACUUCACAAACUAAAUGAAUGUUGGACUAGCAUCAAAAGGAAACUUAGCCACCCAAAUGAAGGUUUAUUGGUUGAAAGAUCCAGAUCGACAUCGAUGUAAAGCUGUGGGACUGAUGCUGUAGAUGUACGGUCGGCCACCUUUUACUCAGUAAAAAUUGAUCAAUUUUAAAAAAGAAAACAAAAUGAGGAACCUGGUUUUAUCUGUGAAAUGCUCAAUUGUUUUAGUGACACAAAACUUCUGUUAUGUGUACACGUCUGUUUAACUGUUUGUUUUGCUUUUUGUGUUUAAAUAAAACAUUUUGCUUCU